AUGGACGAGCAGAUUCCACCACCAAAUGCUCCGUUCCCUGCCGUCUUCCAAUUGCCACAACAAAUGCCAGCGAGGCGGACCCUCGGACCACACAAUUCGCCCGUCAAAUCCAUGUCCGCAACAUCAUCUGCCCACACAUCUCCACGAGUAACACCAACUAAAGGUGCGAAUCCCUACGGCGAUCGUUUUAUACCGCUUCGUCAAGCGAACAAUGACUGGAACUCUCGGUUCAAUUCCAUUAACGCAGAAGAGGAUGGAAAUUUCAAAAGACCUAUGGGACACUCAUCCUGUAAUCGUCAUUUAACGGGCAUACAGAACUCGACAUUAGUAUCAGCAUCGUCUUCUUCUCUCUUUUCCAUGACUUCACUACAAACGUCAACCAGUGCGUCGACAGCACAUCAGCAGGCACAAGUUGUCGCAAAUCUUCAUCACCAUAUCGACGCGGCGCAGGCUUCGGCUUCUUAUCCGGAAUAUUAUCAAGGAGUGCAACCAUCAUCUGGGAACACGUCUCCUACUGCUAUGUCGUCAUGUUUAGAUGAUUCUCGAAACGGAGAAGCCGUGCUACGAGCGCUUCUACGAAAUGAGAUGCUCAAAGAUAGGAUUGAUGAUGUGAAAGUGCAAGUGCAGGCUUCAGAAGACACACUUGCCUCCUACUCGAUGGGACCUGUGGUAUCUGCGUACUCUAGUGCCACACUAGAUGGACCAAUGCCACGUGGCGUUGUUCCACAGUUAGAUAGAAAUGCGUAUGGAGGGAGUGUUGACAGUGUGAUACCAGUGAUGGGGAAUGAAGGAGUCAAUGAUGCAGUGAGGAUCAGCAAUGUUCAUGGUGAUGUGUCGCCUACGAUAGCUCAAAUGAUGGAACCACGUCUACGUGCCGGUGCAGAAUCUCCAAUAGAGAUACCUCUAUCCCCCGCUCCGUCAUCGUGUAGUGCUGAAGCCGGAGUAACGCCUACCAAAUCGAUCUCACUCCCUCUAUCUCCAGUUGUUCCGAAACAGUCUCCCGCUCGUGCUCUUUUCGCCUACAGUGCUAAAACUACCCCAGUGAAGAUGGGAGUUCAGACUCCCACACAUACGACAUCACCAUUUGGUGGCCCAUUCGGAGUUGAUUCUCAGCGAUUGUUACGGACACCGAGAAAACCGACCAGGAAAGUUCCGAAAAACCCAUAUAAAGUGUUGGAUGCGCCGGAGUUGCAAGAUGAUUUCUACCUGAAUCUGGUCGAUUGGUCAUCACAGAACCAGCUGUCAGUUGGAUUAUCGACAUGUGUUUAUUUGUGGAGCGCGACUACUAGUCAGGUGAUCAAACUGUGCGACCUAUCUGCAUCGAAUGAACAAGAUCAAGUGACAUCCGUGCAAUGGUGCGAUAAAGGAGAUCUUCUUGCGGUGGGCACUAACCGAGGAAUUACUCAAAUUUGGGAUGUGACUACACAGAAAAAAAUUCGAGAUCUUGGAGGACACACGUCUCGUGUAGGAUGCUUGGCAUGGAAUGCGGACACGAUUUGUUCGGGAUCCAGAGAUCGAACGAUAAUUCAUAGGGAUAUUCGAGCUCCUGAUAACGAAGAAGGAAGAAAGAUGACACAUCAUAGACAGGAGGUGUGCGGAUUGAAAUGGUCUCCCGAUAAGCAGUUGCUGGCGUCGGGCGGAAAUGAUAAUCAAUUGUUGGUGUGGAAUCUACGACGGCCUGAUCCUCUACAGACAUACACUCAACACAAUGCAGCCGUAAAGGCGUUGGCUUGGUCACCACAUCACCACGGACUUUUGGUAUCUGGUGGUGGAACUGCUGACAGAUGUCUGAGGUUCUGGAAUACGCUGACUGCCCAGCCAAUGCAAUGUGUAGAUACGGGAUCUCAGGUGUGCAACGUGGCAUGGUCGAAGCACAGCAGCGAAUUGGUCUCAACACAUGGCUAUUCCUAUAAUCACGUCAUAAUCUGGAAGUAUCCGUCCCUUCAACCAGUUACUAAACUUGUUGGACAUCAAUUCCGUGUCCUCUAUCUGGCAAUGUCACCUGACGGCGAAUCGAUUGUCACCGGCGCUGGCGAUGAGACACUUCGGUUCUGGCACGUCUUCAACAAAGGAAACCCGCCGACGAUUACACGGUCCAAACUGAAUUUGUUAUCGACAAUUCGGUGA